GAUUCCGAGGUGGGGGUAAUAAUCUCACCCAUGGCUGAGGAUUCAGCGGAGGGGGAAGAUUACGAGGAGGAACAGGAGGAAGACCUUGCUGAAAGCACACAGCACUCCAUUCUCCCCAACAGCCAGGAGCUUUUCGUGACCCAGACAGAAUUAAACUCCCAGCCCUCCCAAGCCACUAGCCCAGCCAGUGAAGCCAUGGAAGCGACCUCUGCUGCAAAUUUUUCAAGCCUCCCUACUCCAUCCCGAAGGCUAGCUCAGAUAAGGCGGCGGAAGAAGAGGACACGAGAUGAAAUGUUCACAGAAAUCAUGGCAGUAACCCGCAAUGAAAGAGCUCAUCUGGGGGAGUGGAAGGACGUGGUAGCAAAGUACAGGAAAGAUGCCAGUGAACGUGAGGACAGGAGGGACCAACGUGAGGACAGGAGGGACCAAUGUGAGGAUAGGAGAGACGCUCGAGAUGAGAUGUGGCGGCAGGAAGAUCAGAGGUGUAGGCAGGAAGAUCAGCGGUGGCGGGAUGCAACGCUGGAGCUGCUGCGCAAUCAAACUGACAUCCUCCGACAUCUGGUGGAUCUUCAGGAAGAGCUGCAGGGUCACAGAGUGCCGCUCCAGCCCAUGUUUAACCACCCUCAGUACUCACCAUGUUCCAUAUCUUCCACACCCAGACGUGUAAGAACGCGUGGGGGAAGGCUUUCUGCACCCGCCCACUCCACCCCCGUGGACAGUCCAACCAAAAGGCUGUCAUUACAUUAAUGGCCUUUUUCUUCCCUCCUAUCCUCCUCCCAAACCACUCCCGGGAUACCUUGUUAUUUCUCUUACUCUUUUUAUAAUUACAUGCUUUUUAAACGAAGUGGGAAGGUGGGUUGCUUACAGGGAAUGACUUUUAAUAAAGAAUACAAGCUUUUUAAACGAUAGUAACUUUAUUUCCAUAAGCAAGCUGUAAUGGAAGGGGGGGGUAGGUUGCUUGCAGGAGGAGUCAAUAAAGGGGGGAGGCUCAUGAAGGGGAAACAAACACAGCAGUCACACCGUACCCUGGCCCAUGAUGAAACUCGUUUUCAAGGCUUCCUUAAUAGCCUUUUUCUUCCCUCCUAUCCUCCUCCCAAACCACUCCCGGGAUACCUUGUUAUUUCUCUUACUCUUUUUAUAAUUACAUGCUUUUUAAACGAAGUGGGAAGGUGGGUUGCUUACAGGGAAUGACUUUUA